AUGUUUAUUCAGUUCCUCCUUUUUCAAUUUUUAAGAAUAAUUGUUGAAGCAUACUAUCUUUAACAUUUCGUUACUCCAUCAAACACUGAUGAUGAAGGUAAAUAUCUAAUCAUUGAUUUAGGUUGGUUAAUCAAAAAUCCCUAUAAUGGAGUGUCUAGUCGUACAUAUAGUUGUGGAGUAAACACUAUAUUUGGAGGAUAUUAAAUAUUUGGAUGCAGCACAUCUUAAACUUCAAUGAUGAAAUAUUUUAUGUUGCCACCACAUUACAAGGUGCGUAUUGAUAUUACCUUCUGGAAGUUUAAUAUAAAUAUAUCUUAAGAAUUGAUGAUUGGCCAAACACACAACUUUUUUACAUAAUUAUUGAUUAAUGGACUUAGUCAUGGUAUUUUACGUCUAAUACAGGAUCAAAUUAAUGUGGUGGUCCUGGUACAGACUAUGGUACUUCAUAAUAUAAUGAUUUUCCAUUACAUACAUUAAAUUCAAUAAUUGUUGAAUUAUACUCCGAUUGUAAUAACAAUGUAUUUUAUAUUAUUAUUAUCUUAAGAACUUUUGGGGUCUUACUAAUUUCUAGAUUACAUUAAAUGAAUGUUACUAAGGAUGUCAAUUUUGUUUAGAUUCAACAGUUGAUUGCAACUUGUGGAAAUUGUGGCAAUCUUUUUUUUAAUUAUAAAAUCUUGAUAAUGGUUUAGAAGGAUGGAUUAGAAAUAAAUUUCCAUCCUUUACAUACUCAACAAAUGAUCGUAAAAUUGUUAAAUAUUAUAGUUUAAUUGAAUAUGCUUGUCUUAAAUUAAUAUAAUUCUGCAAUAACUUAUCUUACACUACCAGAUCAUUAAUCUUUGAUUAUUCAAUUUAGAAUUGAAUAUUUAUCAGUGUUGCCAAUAACAGUGAGUAUUUAUAUAAAUGACGAAUACAAAUAUGGACUUAUCAGUUAUAAAAAGUAUGUGGAUUAUAGAACAUGGUAAUUAGAUGAUACAAAAAAUUUAAUUAAAUUAGAAAUAUAUAGUGUAGAUGGCAAAGUAGGCAUCCGUGAAUUAUCAAUAAUUCUUAGAGGUCCAAUAAAUUUAAUAUCAUGUAUUGAUGAUAAUUUGGUACCUUUUGAUGGUUGUUUUGCUAAACAAAAAUCAUGUUUAGAAGGUUGUGUAUUUUGUGUUAAAGGAGAAUGUUUGAUGUGUGAUACUAGAUGGGAGUAUAAUUCUGUUCAUUAAAUUUGUGUACCUUUAUGUGGAGAUAAAUAUAUUACUGCAAAUGAGGAAUGUGAUGAUGGAAAUGAUCUUCCUUUUGACGGAUGUCAUUAAUGCUAAUUUUCAUGUCCUCUAAAUUGUUAAAAUUGUAUCUUUGGCUAAUGUUAGGUGUGUAAUUCUGGAUAUUUUUAUUCUAAUAGAAUAUGUAAUCAAAUCUAUGAAAAUUUACUUAUUUAACAUAUUACUCAGGUUGAAUAUAACUACCUAGUCUAGACUGAUAUAGCGUAAUGUGGAGAUGGAAAAGUUUAAUAAGAUGAAGAAUGUGAUGAUGGAAAUAACUUACCUCAUGAUGGAUGCUAUAAUUGUUAUUUUUAAUGCAUUUUAAAUUGUUUAUAGUGUAGCUUUGGAGCUUGUUAGCAAUGUAAUCCAGGAUAUGAAUUAAUAAAUAGAAAAUGCUUAGAAAUACAAAAAUAAUUUAGAUAUAUAAAUUGUGAUAAAUAAGAUUCAAUUUUAAGUGAAUAUUUUAUUUAGGAAUUAAAUUUAUUUACAUAUUUUGAUACUUCUGAUACUUAUUUUAAUGAUAUAUGCAAUCUUGAGAGAUCAAGAAUAAAAUUGAAUAAUCAAAUAUUUGAAUUUAGAUGUCCCUUAUUUUGUGAAAGAUGUGAAUAUGGAUAAUGUAAAAAAUGUUUGAUUAACCAUUUUCUAUUAAAAAAUUAAUGUAUCUCCAAAAUUACAAAAGGUGUACUUGUAUUUGAAGAUGGAAUUCAUACAACAAGAUUAGAAAUUGGAUGCUAUAAAUGUAAUGAUAGCUGUCAAAUUUAAUGUCUAUAGUGUUUAAAUUCUUAAUGCUUAUAUUGUAUUGAUGGUUGGUCACUUAUGAAUGGGAUAUGCUUAUAGAUUUGUGGAGAUAAUUAAAUAGCAAUUUGGUCUUAUGAACAAUGUGAUACAAAUUUAAAUGAUUGUUUGAAUUGUAAGUUUUUAUGUCCAGAAAAUUGUUAAUAUUGCAAAAAUCCUUAAACAUGUUUGAUUUGUGAUUAACCAUAUAUUGAGAUAAAUUAUUAAUGUUAAUUAACAUGUAGAUAUGGAUGUAAGAAAUGUAUUAAUGGUAUUUGUUAUGAUAACUGUCCAAAUGGAGAAAUGAAUAUUGAUGGUAUUUGUUAUUCAAUUUGUGGUGAUGGAAUAAAAUAAUAAAAAGAGUAAUGUGAUGAUGGAAAUAAAAUAUAAUUUGAUGGAUGCUUUAAUUGUGAAUUUUCAUGUCCUCAAUAUUGUGAAAAUUGUUUUGAAGGAAUUUGUAUUGAGUGUUAGCAAUACUUUAAAUUAAUUAAUAAUGCAUGUUAUGAUGACUGUGGUAGUGGAAUCAAAUCUUAUGAUGAAUAAUGUGAUGAUGGCAAUCUUGUUGAUGUUGAUGGUUGUACUUCUAAUUGUAAGAUUGAAGUUAAUUAUAAGUGUCAAGAUAAAGCUAAUAGUUAUUCUGAUUGCCAAUAUUCUUAAUCUCCUUAAAUGCUAAUCAAAUUUUUAAAUCAAACUUAUAAUAAAUAUUAUCUUGAAAUUGUAUUCUCAUAAGCAAUCUAAUUUAGAAAUAAUUAUGUUUUGGAAUCUCUUUUUAAUUUUAGUAUUGAUGAAGCACUCUAUGAAGAUUAUUAAAUAAAAUUAGAAUCAAACUAUGAACCAGUAAUUAAUUAACUUCUAAACUUUUCAUUUCAAAUAUAAAUUGAACUCUUAAUCUCUACUAAUAGUAGCCUAGUUUAGUUUAAUGUAGUAAUUAUGAAUGAAGUAUAUAAUUCAAAUGAAAUGGAAUUACUUAAUCCAUCCGAGAAAAUAUUACUUAAAACAUAUUCUUAAAUGAGUCAAUAAGAUAUUGAAAAGACUAAAUAACUCACUCAAUAUUAAGAAGCGAUGAUUAUAGCAUAAGGGAUAGGAAGUGUAAUUGUAUUAAUUUCUGGAAAUUUUGAAAUUUUUGUUGAAAUCUUAGACAACUUACAGUAUCAAUCUUAUUUAAAAUACAUCAAUAUUAUAUAUCCUGAAAACCUAUACCUUUUUUUUGAAUCAACUAAUUUAAUAAGUAUUAUUCCAAUUUUAGAUUAUUUAUAAAUUAAUGGAUUUUAUUAAAGAUUUCUGUAUUUAGAAUUUAUUGAGUCUUAUGCUAAAUUAAAAUUUUAUAAUUUAAAUGCCCAUUUAAUCACUAAUUUAUAAUUCUUUUUCAUUUAAAUAAUUUCAACUUUUAUAUUUGUAAAAACAAUACAAACGAUUUCCAAAAUCAGCUUUAAAUUAAUCUAUAAAAUUUAAACAUAACAUUUUUUAAUUUUUAAGCUAAGGAGUCUUAAAUCAAAAUUCCUUAUAAAAAUACUCUAUUGGAUUUAUAAUUUUUUUCAUUACAUCUUGACUUUUUUGUAUGAAUUCAAUUAAAAUGGUGCAAAGGAUUUGUUGCUUGCAAAUUCAUGGGAUUUAUUAUUUAAAACAUUUUUAUGUUUAACAUCAUCUUCUAAAUAAGAUAUUAUUUCUCGAAUGUAAAAUAUUUUUUCUUAUUUGACUUUGUCAGCCUUAGGUACUUUUAUUAUAUCCUCAUUAAAACAUUUUUUUUCAAAAAAGGAUCAUAAAUUGAAUUAUAGAUAUAGGGCUAUUUAUUUAUUUAAAUAAUUUUUAUUUUGCUAUUUCUUGAUAUGUUUUCAAAAUCAUUAAUUGAUUCAAAUAUUAAUGUUGGGAACUACAAAUAUUAUUUACUUAAUUGCAUUAAUUUUUGUUGAAUUUAAUUUGAAGAAAUUAGAUAAAAUAUAAAUUAUAAUAAUGGAAAUUUCAAUAAUUACAUUUACUUCUUCUUCAAUAUUUUAUUUAAAAGAUUACAAUUUUUUAAUUAGUGAGUAAAAAAAGACUCUUUUAGGUUUUGCUUAAAUUUAUUUACUCAUUUCAGGAUUAUUAGGAAUUUUCAUUAAAUAGGUAAUUAUGAUAUAUUAAAAAAUAAAAAUAAGAUGCUUUAAAAAGAAAAAGAGGAAUAAAAUCUCAAAAUUAGUAACGCAUUUAAUUUUUGAGGUUGUUUCAUGA